CUGCAUAAACCCUAGCAACAAAGCAGCAAGAAUGCCACUAGGUUUUCAUUUUAUAUAUCUAUUGCAAACUUGCCUCCCUCUCUUUGGUCACUAGGUAAGACGUCGGGGUAGGAGAAGCAGCAGCAGCAGCAGGAGCCGCCAUGGUGAAGUAUUCCAGAGAGCCAGACAAUCCCACCAAGUCCUGCAAAGCCAGGGGCUCUGAUCUACGUGUUCAUUUUAAGAAUACAAGGGAAACAGCUUUUGCAAUUCGGAAGUUGCCUUUGACAAAGGCUAAAAGGUAUUUGGAGGAUUAUAUCUCACAUCCAAGUGAUCAAGCUCAGAAGCAAAGGCGCCGAACAUACCGUGCACAUGGAAGAAUUAACCCCUAUAUGUCCUCUCCAUGUCAUAUUGAACUAAUUCUUUCAGAAAAGGAAGAACCUGUCAAGAAAGAGCCCGAGACUCAAUUGGCUCCUCGAAAAUCAAAGGCCUAAAUGCCAUGGUGUUUUAGUUCGUCGUCAAGAAGAAAAUGAUACAAUCUUCAUUCUUGUUUUUGCCAUCAGUUCCAUUAGAAAGAUCCUUUUCUUUUCCGUUAGUUCUCAGUGACUUUUGUUUGGCUACUUAUUUUUCGGAUUUCAAUUUGGAGUUUUUGUCAACUUAUUAAGAAUCCAGUUUUGUCACUUAAAAUUUUCUGUGGAAUGAAUCAUGGUAGUUAUUGUUGAGUGUUGGGGUGAUUUGUUAUUAAUGUAUGUUUUAGCUGCCGGUAUUGAAAUGAUAUAGCAUUGUGAUA